AUGUCCACCACCACAAUCCUCACCGCUCCCAGGACCUCCGGGCAACACGAACCCCUCUUCGCCGACCUCGCACCCUACACCUCCUUCCCGCACCAGAUCCACGGCUCCACCGCCUGGUCCGCAGACACCCUCCGCGCCAACCCCGAACUCUGGACCCAUAUUUGGCAGCCCGCCGAAAUCCAGGCCAUCGACUCUGCCGCUACUGCAUUCCUCGCGGCUGGCUGGGAGCUUACAGAGAUCACAAAGGAGCGCUUCCCCCUCCCCCCAGCACUCACCUCCCUCCUCGAAACCACACGGCAAGAACUGCUCCACGGCCGCGGUCUCAUUCUCUUCAAGGGCCUCCCCGUCACGCAAUGGGACCGCCGCAAGUGCGCCGCCGCAUACAUGGGUCUCGGAAGCUAUCUCGGCCACUUCGUGUCCCAGAACGGGCGCGGGCAUGUUCUCGGGCAUGUCAAGGAUCUCGGCGAGGACUCGACGCAGAUCGAUAAAGUGCGCAUAUACCGCACCAAUGCGCGACAGUAUUUCCACGCCGACGACUCGGACCUCGUGGGACUACUAUGUCUUGCGCGGGCGCUGGAGGGCGGGGAGUCCGAUGUUGUGUCGGCGCACACAGUGUUCAACGUCCUACAGCGCGAGCGGCCAGACGUCGUAGAGACGCUGUGCCAACCGACGUGGUACUUCGACCGUAAAGGCGAGGUCUCUCCCGGCCAAGCCGAGUGGAUCCGCGCUUCGGUCUUCUACUGGUGGGGCGGGCGCCUCUACUCCAAAUGGGACCCCUACUACGUCCGCUCCCUCACGCGCUUCUCCUCCACGGGCCUCAUCCCGCCGCUCACCCCCGCACAACUCACCGCGCUCGACGUGCUAGAAAACACCUGUCGCCGGCUGUCGCUACACAUGGUCCUCGACGUCGGCGACCUCCAGGUCGUCAGUAACACGCAUGUGUUCCACGCGCGCACGGAGUACACGGACCAUGCGCCGCCCGCGCCACGCAGGCAUCUGUUAAGGCUGUGGCUGGCGACGCCGGAGAGCGAGGGCGGGUGGGCGCUGCCGUUUCAUGAUAGUGGGGAGGCGAAGAGGGGGGGUAUUCGGGUGGAGGGGGUGGAGGAGAAUGCGCCGUUGGAGGCGGAGUAG